CCAAAUUGAGAUGAGUUGCCCGGCCGGCCUUGUCUCAUCACCAACACCAAACGUCUCUUUUAAUUUUAAUUUGUAAUUAGAGUUUAGUUAAAUAAAAUAUAUAAAAAAUGACGUCGAUAAUAAAGUUCCAACCAUUAUCAGGCGUCUGGGGGGAAGGUCCACCUUGCUACAUUCUACAAAUUGACGAGUUUAGAUUCCUCCUCGACUGCGGCUGGGACGAUCUGACAGGGAUCCCGUAUUUGGAAGAGCUCAAAAAACAUGUCACCAAAAUCGAUGCCGUCCUCAUUUCCUACCCAGAUUUGCUCCAUCUUGGCGCAUUGCCUCAUUUUGUCGGAAAUCUUGGUCUUUGUUGUCCCAUUUAUGCUACCGUUCCAGUACACAAAAUGGGACAAAUGUUCCUCUAUGACUACUUCAUGUCGCGACAUAACGAGGAGGAGUUUAAGCACUGGGAUUUGGACGAUGUAGAUCUCGCCUUUGAUUCAAUUACACAAUUAAAAUAUAAUCAAAGUCUCAACUUGUCGGGAAAGGGGUUUGGGUUGACCAUCACGCCACUCUCAGCAGGCCACAUGAUUGGGGGGACGGUUUGGAAGAUUAUGAAAAUUGGAGAAGAAGAUAUUUACUACGCCGUAGACUUUAACCAUAAGAAGGAGCGACACUUGAACGGGUGUGAUUUGGACAAGAUAAACAAACCUUCGCUCUUCAUCACGGAUGCAUAUAAUGCAAGUUAUAUCCAGGCGAGGAGGAGGACGAGAGACGAACAGUUAUUAGCUGGGAUUUUGCACACGCUGCGCAACGGUGGCAACGUUUUGAUUGCAGUGGAUACUGCAGCAAGAGUCUUAGAACUGGGGCACAUGCUGGACCAGUUGUGGCGAAGCAAAGAGUCCGGGCUCCACCCCUACUCCCUGGCACUCAUCAACAAUUUGGCCUACAAUGUGAUUGAGUUUGCAAAGAGUCAGAUUGAGUGGAUGAGUGACAAACUUAUGCGAUCCUUCGAAGGUGCCCGAAAUAACCCAUUUCAGUUCAAGCAUGUGAAUAUUUGUCACAACAUGGCUGAGCUUCAAAAAGUACCCGGCCCCAAAGUUGUCCUUGCUUCCAGUCCUGAUCUCGAAUUUGGAUUUGCCCGUGAGCUUUUUAUGAACUGGUGUCAAGACAAGAAAAACUGUGUCAUCCUGACCACCCGACCAUCGUGUGGAACUCUUGGUCGUCUCUUAAUUGACAAUCCUUCGCCUGGCAUUGUGGAAUUGGAAGUUAGAAAACGUGUGGAGCUGAGAGGACGCGAGUUGGAAUCUCAUUACCGAAUCCAACGGGAGGAGGAGUAUCGUAUCAAGAAAGAGACUAUGAUGGACGAUUCGGACGAUUCAGAUGUUGAUGAAGAUGCGGACAUAAAAAUGAUUGGCAUAUUCCAAGGAGCGUCUCGAGUGAACCACGACCUCUUCAUUAAGGCUGGCAUGGAAUCCAAAAUCGAGUCAGGCUCACUCUUUAAGGCGGCGAGAAGCAAGUAUCCAAUGUUUCCUCAUGUAGAGGAAAAGAUCAAGUUUGAUGAUUAUGGAGAAUUUAUCAAACAAGAGGACUACUUCCUAAUUGAUAACGUGUAUGAAAAGGAGGUCGUGGAGAAGUCUUAUGGGCGAAGGCAAAGUGAUGCUGAGGUUGAGGCCCAACUCCCAACAAAAUGUGUUUCACAUUUUGUCAAGUUUGAUAUCCAAUGUUCCGUCGUGUUCAUUGAUUUCGAGGGACGGUCGGAUGGAGAAAGUAUUCAAAAGAUUUUGGAACAUAUGAAACCUCGUCGACUGAUCGUGACACGUGGGGCAGAGGAGGCAGUAAAAUCCUUGAUAGCAGUCAGUUCCCAAGUUUCUCCCGAGACUACAAUAUAUUCCCCACAGCUCAGAGAAGUGCUGGAUGUCACAACAGAGACUUACAUUUAUCAGGUCAAACUGAAGGACUCGCUUGUAUCAUCCCUCAACCUUCAGCGGGGCAAGGAUGCCGAGCUGUCCUGGGUCGAAGGUUAUCUUCAGAUGGAGUCGGACACGCUGCACGGAGACGACACCCGCAAUAGCAACACAAAGUCUAUAACACCAAUAGACGCCAUGGACGAAGGUGAAACAUUUGUCGCGUGCCUGGAACCUAUGCCACUACUAGAGAUAACUCCACAUGACACGGUCUUUGUCAAUGAGCUCAAAUUGUCCGAUUUCAAACAAGUUCUUGCAAAAAAUGGGAUUGGCUCCGAAUUUUCUGGUGGAGUUUUGUGGUGUGCUCAAGGAACCAUUGCACUUCGUCGCCAAGAUGCUGGGAGGCUCACGGUGGAGGGCGCACUCUCGGAUGAUUACUAUAGGAUUCGACACCUUCUCUACGACCAGUAUGCAAUACUUUAAUAAAUAAGUCGUCGGGUCGUUUUAUUUACUUUGUUUUUAUUUUUUAUAUGUUUAAAAAUAAAAUAUGUAUUUUUCAUUUAUCCGA